AUGAGCGAGGCGUCAUCGUCUCCGCGCUCCGUGAGCUCCAGUGCGCCUUCAUCGACUUCAGGACCUCGAAGCGAGGAACGUCGUGCCGCCAAUCAGCCACUCACCGGAGUGUCCGUGCUGUAUAUCCUACAAACGCUUCCACUAACAGCUGCCGGUCGUCCGGCUCUCUUCGGCAAUGAAGUUGAGAUUUAUAGUGAGGAGAAAAUUGGUCUGUACGAUCGCACGCUCAAGACGCCUCAUAUACACGGCCGCUGCUCCGUCACGACCCAUCGCCUGUUCUACAUGGACGAAAGCAGCUCCCCACCGGUGGCGUUCUUCUUGCCACUGGAUUGGAUCGUUCGGCUUACCAAAGAGGCAGGCUUUUUGCAACGCUCAGCUAAGUUGCGGGUCGAUAUCACGACUCGCCCACCCUCUGCUGCCACUUCAUUCUUGAAAUUAUCGUUUAAAGACGGCGGACGUGACGAUUUCUACAGUCCAUUGGCAGCUUCGCUGAAACGUCAGGCGUGGAAGGACACACAGCCGAGCCAUUUGGCUGACAGACGGCUUAUGAAGAGGCAUUUUGAUGCCGCUGACGCUGGUAUUGCGGGGAUCAUGCGGCGUCAACAGGAAGCGCAGAAAGAGACGAUGGAACUGGCUACGACUGCGUUCUCUGACUUGACCAAUCUGAUGAUCAAAGCGAAGGACAUGGUCGGAUUGAUUGAACGGUAUGUGGAUAUGCAGAGAGCGACCGAGCUGGCAGAGGAGGAUGGAAUGACGUCCAGUGAAGCCGAUAUGAACAAACUUAGCUCGCUGAUGCUGGAUAUGGGUAUCAUCAGUCCGGUGACGCGUGCAAAUUCUGGUACCGCGUAUUACGAACAGUUAGCUCGGCAGCUUGCUGAGUACCUUCGCGACCAUAUGCCACGAAAUGGAGGAAUCAUGACUCUCUCGGACAUAUACUGCAUGUUUAAUCGAGCGCGCGGUGUAGAGCUUGUCUCUCCGGAUGAUUUGUACCAUGCAGCAGUGCUGCAGAAAAAGCUGAAUCUUGGAUGUAGCAUGCGCAAGUUUCCUAGUGGACUUAUUGUGCUACAAACAGAUACGCACAGCGAAGACAAAGUUGCCGAGCGGCUCGCAAAGAUGGCGCAGAAAUCCAGUUUUGGUUACAUCACUUCGACUGACGUAUCGGUGGAGAUGCACACGUCGUUUCCGUUGGCUCAAGAAUAUUUGCAUGUAGCAGAAAAGCUCGGGAAGCUUUGUCGAGAUGAAACGUUCGAAGGAAUCAAUUUCUAUCCUAAUAUGUUUGAGCAAUUUGUUGUGACAAACACCGAGUUAGAGGCCAAGCUUUCUGCCCAUGCAGGGAUGGACAGUACGGCAAACUUUUGUGCAACAGAUAAAGCAUCUCUUGAUGCUUCGUGCCACGACUACAUGAUCAGCGUCAUGCUUGUGUUUCUAUCUGGUUGA